AUGGUCUGGAAGCCAACUCUCGCGAUUGCCAUUGCAGCAUCAGGUUUGUCGAAUGUAGCCAAUGCUCUACCAAAUCACCAGCGGGAAAAGGCACACUACCCUGGUUGGGCUCAAAUCAAGCAUAUCUUCGCCUUUGGUGAUUCGUACACGACAACUGCUUUCAACGUCUCUCUUUCGCAGCCAGGACCUGGUCAUCCCCUUGGCAAUCCAACAUAUCCAGGACACACUUCUUCUAAUGGACCCAAUUGGAUCGACUAUCUGACAACAACAUACAACAAGUCAUUCAUCGAAACUGUCAAUCUAGCAUACGGCGGGGCAACUGUUGACUCGGCUCUUGUUGCACCCUAUUCACCCACUGUAUUGUCCGUGAAAGAACAAUUCGAUUCUGAGUAUCUGCCGAUCUAUGCUUCUCACUUCUCUCCCGUCCCAUGGAGUUCUGGCGAUACUCUCUUUGCCAUUUUCAUCGGCAUUAACGAUAUAGGCAACAGCUACGCCGCUCAAAACGCAACUCUGCUAUCUACAAUCUUCAGCGAGCUCUCAGGCCUCGUAGACAAAAUCUACACUAGUGGUGCCCGUAACUUCCUCUUCUUGAAUGUGCCGCCAAUCGACCGCUCGCCAUUGACCCAAGCAGCUGGCCCAGCCGCUCAAUCCAUCGAAGCCGCAGAUAUAGCAGAUUGGAACAACCGCCUACUCUCCCUCUCAAAUACCCUGACCCGGAAGUACAAAGACACGACCUCCUUCGUCUUUGACACCAACAAAGUCUUUUCUCGCGUCAUCGAUCAUCCCUGCGCUUACCCGCAAACCUGUCCGUAUCAGAACACGACCGCGUAUUGCACGGCAUAUGAGAAUGGAACUUCCACGCCUACUUCAUUUGAUCCUGUUUGCGGGAUCUCGGUGGACAAGUAUCUUUGGUUGAAUUCUUUACAUCCGACGUUUAGAAUGCAUGAAGUUGUUGCUGAGCAGAUUUUCAAGUUGAUCAAAUAG